UGGCUGAAUGAGAGAGAAGCUGGUUGGUUGCUAUUUAUACUUAAGAGAAAGAGCGCACGCACCAUCUCUCUCUGUUUCUUCAAUUUCUGCAGUCGGCAACUCUUCCCUUUCUCUUGAAGCUUCUAUUCUGUGCUGUUGCUGAAUCAGAAUGGAUGGUGCUGUGUUGGCAUGUACAGAUGGAGCAGUUCUUCCCGUCAGUCAAGUGUUUGAUGCAAUUAGAGAGCUUGGGAAUGGAGGGCUUGAGCAAUGGGAUCCUCUUGUUCUUACUUCUGCCUCACUCUUAAGCAAGUUGCCUGUGGAUUCUUCCUCUGUUGAUUUUGUGAUUUUAAUCUGGCUGUCAAUCGAUUGUCCUGUGGAUCAACUGAUUCAAGAAAUUCUUAGAGUGUUAAAAGUAGAUGGUACAAUUCUUAUUCGCAAGUCAUCUCAGUCUGCUGUGGGUUCAUUUGAUAAGAUAAUAUCUUCUCUUGAGAACAAGUUAUUGUUGGCAGGGUUUACAGAACCACAAGUUUUACAAUCAGCUGGGAUCAAAGCUAAAAAGCCUUCAUGGAAAAUUGGUUCGUCUUUUGCGCUAAAGAAGGUGAUUAGGAGUUCACCUAAAAUGCAAAUUGAUUUUGAUUCAGAUCUGAUUGAUGAAGAUAGUCUUUUGACUGAAGAAGAUUUAAAGAAACCCCAGCUUCCACCUGGUGAUUGUGAAAUUGGGAGCACAAGAAAAGCCUGCAAAAAUUGCACCUGUGGGAGGGCUGAAGAGGAGGAAAAAGUAUUGAAGUUAGGAUUGACAACAGAACAGAUUGAUAAUCCUCAAUCAGCUUGUGGCAAUUGUGGGCUAGGGGAUGCUUUCAGGUGCAGUACCUGCCCUUACAAGGGACUGCCUGCCUUCAAAUUGGGCGAGAAGGUUGCACUGUCCGGUAACUUUCUUGCUGCAGACAUAUAAAUGGAUAAAGUUGCGGUAACGAUUUGUUAUGGGAAUGGUAUUAUAUAAUUUUUUAUUUAGUAUGGAAUUGUCAUCAAUUAUGUUAAUGCUAGCAGAACAAUUCAUCAGAGUUGUUUUGAUACAAUUUUACGUAUGACAACACGAGGGAUUCGAGUUUUCCGGAUAUUAUAGAGCUGCAAUGUCAUUGUCUCUUCCUCUCUUC